GCCAGUUAAAAAAACCAGUCAGAGGCCCUUAGUGCAGGUACUGUUACAUUUUUGCUUCUUCUGACCUCUAAUGCCUUUUUAACAGCAGAAACUCAGCAGGUGAAGCAUCCCCCACCGAUGCAGGGAGACCUGUUCCAGUGAUGUUUGGAGUCACGUGCGUCUUGCCUUGCCUAGAAAACAAAACCGAAGCGCGAACUCCUAAUUGCCUCUAAAUGAACAUUGAACUUAAGAAGAGUCCGAGUGGCUCUGGCCAAAGGCUCAUUUCGCCCAGCGCACUGUUCUCACCGUGGCCAACCGGCUACCUCAACGGGAACUAGUCAGACGCUGCAAGGCGUCCUCCUCCCGUGUCAACUAAUCCGGCUGAAGACAAGCGACAGCCGCCACCAUCCCCAGGAACAGAAGAGCGAGGAAACGGCGGCCACCUGCUCCCGAUGGAGAAGGCUGGUUCCUGGGCGAGAAAGUGGGAACUGAAGAGCGCCGGAACAAAAGGUGACUUGCUGCGGCGGCCGUCGGCAGAGACGGCGCAAUGGCACCGGCUGCUGCUGGGAGAAGAGGAAAAGGAAGAGAAUGGAGCCGCUGCGCGUAUUGGAGCUCUACAGCGGGAUCGGAGGAAUGCACCAGGCGCUGCGAGCAAGUGGCAUCCCUGCAGAAAUUGUUGUAGCUGUUGAUGUGAACACAGUGGCUAAUGAUGUCUACAUUCACAACUUCCCUACCACACCACUCUGGCCUAAGACAAUUGAGGGAAUAUCACUGAAGGAGUUCAACAGAUUGUCUUUUGAUAUGAUUCUGAUGAGUCCUCCUUGUCAACCCUUUACAAGAAUUGGCCGACAGGGUGAUAUUUCUGACCCCAGGACCCAGAGUUUUCUCUACAUUCUUGAUAUUCUUCCAAGGCUUGCAAAGCUACCAAAAUACUUACUUGUAGAAAAUGUCAAAGGCUUUGAAACAUCUUCUGCCAGAAAUGAACUCAUACAAACACUAGAAAAGUGUGGAUUUACAUAUCAAGAAUUUCUCUUAUCUCCAACUUGUCUUGGUAUUCCAAACUCAAGACUGAGAUACUUCCUGAUCGCAAGACUGCAGUCAGAGCACUUUCCUUUUCAAGCCCCUGGUAAGAUAUUGACAGAUUUCCCAAGCCAGGAGCCAGCGGAUUCAAAGAUGUCCAAAGGCCCUGAAGGCUGGGCAGAACACAGCUCCCCAGUGCCUACCCAAGAGCUAGCUUCUGGUUAUGACAAUAAUGGCAGACAACGCCCACAGAAGGAGGGCUUCCUUUUUAAGCUUGAAACAGUGGAGGAGCUGGAAAGGAAGCAGCAUGCAGACAAUGAUCUCUCUUUGCAAAUGCUAAGAAAAUACCUCCAAGAUGAUGUAGUAGAAGGACUGAGUCAGUACUUCCUGCCACUCAAGUCCUUGCUGCGUUACGCUUUUCUUCUAGAUAUCGUAACACCCACUUGCAGAAGAUCUACAUGCUUCACAAAAGGGGCUUGCCAGUCCGCUGAUCAGCACUUACAACAAGCACUACUUUGAUCUGGGAUGGGCUGCACUACAGAGUCCCAGGGGUUCCAACCUGUAUCUGUAUAUUUUAUUUGCUGUUUUCUAUACCUAUCUAUUUUAUUUGCACAGUCAACUGCUGUCUAGGACAGUAAUUUAAACUCUCCUAGAAUUCCAUAUCUCAUGCAGUGUGGUCUUUCUUUGAGUUUCUAGCUGAUCUCAGUCAACCGCCUGUGCUGGGCAUUUUGCAAUUCCAAGUAGCAUCGAUGAAAUGAUUUGCUAGGGGCUCACUGUACAGAUUUCUUUCCCUGCCUCCACCAUCCCCAUGCAAUGUGUACCUUUCUCUUCCAACAUUUACUGUGUUGUAUGUUUCUAUUAUGGGAGCUAAAGUUGUAAAGUGCGCUUUCUAACACUCCCUCCCUCUUCAGCCUAUGCCUGCACAAAAGUUAUCAAGCAAAUCAAGCCUGUUUCUCAGAGUCUUGUUCUCCUAUAAUUAACAUUAAAUGACAGCCUGCAAAAGACUGCUGAGUAAAUGUGUUUACACAGAAAACCACAUUGGCUCCAGAGGAGGGAUACCAUCAUUUUAAAAAUACUGAACUCUCCUUGUUAACUGUAGGCAUUUGUGUGUGUGUCCCCUUUUGAAAUGAACAUGUUCAACAUAAGUUGAAUGUACUGAUUCAAAACAACAUCUGGUUGAGUUCAUUGCUCUGGGUCUUUUCAAAUAAAACCACAUGUCUUUUCCAAUAGCUCUUUCUGAAUAUGAGCGAGCCAAAACUUCUGUAGUGGCCCAUCUCUCUGUACAGAUGAUAAGAAAUGUACACAUGAUGAAGAAUCUGUGGACAUUUUACCACUGAUUUCAGCAGGGCAUGGCUGCAAUUUAGAAGAGUAAAUCACAUGUGCACACAAGAGAUGAUAUAUACAUACUCAUUUUUGUGCACUCUAUUGUUUUCACUUUAGAAAUUGCCCAUCACACAAUUUUUAGCAGUUUGGUAAAAGGGAAAUAUAAAAAGGAGUAAAUGUUGAAACAAAAGCUACAGAAAAUUAGUGGCUCUGUGUGCAGGUAUGGCAAUGGGGAAUAAACCCUAUUUGGAUUGGUUGAAUAGUAUGAUAUUAUUGAAACUUGCAACUCCCAGUUUGGCUACAUUCAAUAAGAAUGUUUUGUGCAGAUUCUUUUACUAGGCCAUUUGUGAGUGCUGCCUUUUAACCUCUGCACUCCAUCAAUACUGCAAAUAUGACAAGAAUCUUAAUGUCUGGCUCUUAAUGGAUU